AUGAGGGCGAUAAUCGCACCAGAUCGUGCACUGGCUAUUCAGCAGCUCAUUCAAAGUUGGAGCACCUCGCCCUCUCAAGGCAUUUCAGAAGAUGUUGGGCCUCAUGGCCUCUGCGUCUCCGGUACUUCAGCUAGGCCUGCUUCGCAUACGGCCCCUUCAGUACUGGCUGAAACCACGGGUUCCGUCCCACGCCUGGCGUCAUGGACGCAUGCGUGUCAAGGAACGGUGGAGGAAGGCCAUCUGAAGGAACUGCAUGCUGCAUCUGGAAAUGACAUGGGUGGACAGAGAGUAGAUGGGAACAUCAUCUCAUUUCUAAAAGAUAUAUUCUCUGAGGAAACAUUUGAUAAAUUUGAGCAAGAACACCCCACUGAACUACUCAAAUUAAAGUGUGACAUUGCUAAUUUAAAAUCUUACGACACAGAUGUGACCAUUUGGUGCCCGUUAAACUUGAAAGAAAUUGCCAGUCAAAGACAGAGCAUGGAAUGUUAUUUUGAAGGUGUUCGUGGAGUAAAAUGGGAAGAUGGUGCAAUCAUGAUUGAAAAACAACAAUUGAGGAGGUUUUUUGAUAACAGUCUCAGGGCAAUCGAAAACAACAUUAAACAGAUUGUGAAAAACACAGAGCUGAGGAUUGAGUACAUGCUAUUAGUUGGAGGAUAUUCUCAAAGUCCAACUCUGCUAGAAUUUAUGAAGAAGCACUUUGGCUCUAGACACAAAAUUCUCUGCCCUGAUGAACCCCAGGUAGCAAUAUUAAAGGGAGCAAUCAUAUAUGGCAAAAAACCUACAGUGGUGAAAUCACGCAUCAGUACUCUAACAUAUGGGUUUGCUACAAGUAUAACCUUUAAUGAAUCCGUUCACAAAGGCAAGAGUAAAUAUGUUAACAGCCUAGGAGACGAGUACUGUGAUGUCGUCUUUGAAAAGCUUGUUAGCAAAGGAGAGUCGGUUCUCUGUGAUGAGCUUCGAGUAUUCACCCGUUGGCCAGUAGACCCCACACAAACAGCAAUGAGAUUCAGAUUUUACAGCACUAAAAGACAAAAUGUCAAGUUUGUGGAUGAUUGGGGGGUGGAGUGUAUUGGAUCGCUCUCAGUUGGUAUGCCAAAUACUGACAAGGGCAUGAGUCGUAAGGUCAGGUUAGAAGUAAAGUUUGGCUCUACUGAAAUGAAGGCAACUGCAACUGAUUUGGAAGAUUUUAAAACUAAAUCAGUCACAUUUGACUUCAUGAGCAAGUAG